AUGGAAGCUAUGGAGAAGAGUAUGAUCGCACAACGGAGCUCGACCCACCACUCGAUCGAGUCAGACGAAAAGUUGAGAAAAGAUGUUAAGGCAUUGAAUGAGAAGUUGGAUAAGCUGAUCCUAGCUCAGUCCACAAUGAAGAAAGUCAACUUUGUGUCUGCUGAGGAGAUGGAACCAGUCCAAGAAGGGGAGGAUACACAAUUUGCUGAGGUGUGCUACAUGAGCAAUGGGCAAGGAGGUUACAACAAAGGAUACUAUAACUACAAGUCCAACCCUGCCAUGUCAUACCGCAACACUGAUGUUGCUAACCCUCAGGACCAAGUAUAUCCUCAACAACAAGCAGCUCGAUCGAGUCAGGCUUCCCCCACCAACAGCCCCAGCCUGCACCUUCACAAGAGAAUGAGCUCAAAGCAAUGUGAGAACCCCAAGGAACAGUGCAAGGUCAUCUUCACUCAAGAAGGACUUGUUGAAGAAGAGGAUCAAGAAAGGGUCAUUGAAGAUUUUUGUUUACUGCUGAAUGAUGAAGAGAUUGUUGCUGCUGAGGCUCCUGGAGUCCAGAUUGAUCAACCAGAAGUGCAUGCACCUACUGUGGCCAUUCACACUUCACCAGUUGAGCUCGCACGACAAGCUCGAUCGGCAGCUCGAUCGAGUCCAACUCUAGCUCGAUCGAGUCCGACCUCUUCUGUCCGACAGCCUGUUUUGCUUGAUCCUUAUCAACCGGUUGCCGCUUCCUCGUCUCGCCUACUUAGUCAAGGUCACAAGGAAGUGAUUCACAAGUUCAGAAGAGAUCUCAGUGGGAUUGGAAUUGAGUUGCCUCCUAUGGAUAGCAUGAGUGAGGCAUUUGAUCAAAUGCAAAUGGUCAAGGAUGUUCUAGCCAACAGUGAUAAAGUUUCAGAAGUCCUACAAGAGUCUACUCAUCAGUCAACCUGCUUACUUCACCCACCUUCCUACCAAAGGUCAAGAUCAAGGGAAAUUCACUCUCCCUUGCACACUUGGGCAUCUUGA